UCUAAUUCAAUGUAGUAUAGGUUAUAUUUACAAAUUUUAAAUAAAAAAAAUUGUAACUGUCGUUUAGCGAUAUAAACCGCUAAAAAUGUUUUCAACGCGGACGAAACAGUGGCUGUUUUUAAAAAACGUACGUACCAUAACAGAUAGAGCAACUUUAGAAAGGAUAAUACGAGUAGAUCAUGCUGGAGAACUGGGAGCUGACAGAAUCUAUGCUGGUCAAAUGGCAGUAUUAGGGGCAACUUCCAAAGGUCCUUUAAUUCAACACAUGUGGGAGCAAGAAAAACACCACAAAGCUACUUUUGAAGAAUUGAUACGUAAACACAGAGUUCGACCAACUGUCAUGACACCUAUUUGGAAUGUUGCUGGAUUCGUUUUGGGUGCUGGGUCGGCUCUUCUUGGUGACAAAGCUGCAAUGGCUUGCACUGUGGCUGUGGAAACGGUUAUCGUAGAUCACUAUAACGAUCAAUUGAGAACUUUGCUCGAAGAUCCAGAAUGCAAUAAAGAACUGUUGGAGACUAUUACAAAGUUUAGAGAUGAAGAGCAGGAGCAUCACGAUACUGGAAUCGACCACGGGGCAGAACAAACGCCUUUUUAUCAAGCUUUUUCUGGGGCAAUCAAACUGGGAUGUAAAGCAGCUAUUGCCAUUUCAAAAGUCAUUUGAAAAUAAUCAAAAUGUGCAUAUGUUAAAUUAUUUAAUAAAUUUUAAAUAUUCGUAA